AUGUUCCUGUACAAAGUGGUUCGGACUUUGUCGGUGAUCCCUCUGUGGAUCUCUGCGCCGACACUGGUCUUGAUAUAUCUUGCAGCGUGGAUCUUCUACGCUCGAACCUUGCACCCGUUGGCCAAAAUUCCGGGCCCCUUUUGGGCUUCAGUAACCCGAGGAUGGAUUGUGUGGCGCACCUAUCAAGGUGAUAUGGAUCACACCCAGAGAGCACUGCACCAGAAAUAUGGUUACUUGGUUCGCAUUGCUCCGAAUGAGAUUGCUUGCGCGUACCCUAAUGCGAUCAAACAAAUCUAUCGCAUGCAAAACUCCCCGAAAAAGACGGAUUUCUACCCACCGUGGGGAAACAAAACCUUCAGCAAAUAUCCCGAUCACUUCAGCAAUACCGAUGAGAAGCUCCACGCCGAAAGGAGAAGGAUAGUAAAUCAGGUCUACACUUUGUCAAACGUCCUUCAGUCGGAAAUGUAUAUCGACAAGUGCUCGGCAUUGUUCAUUCAGCGACUUGGCGAAUAUGUAGAUGCCGGUAAGAUCAUCGACCUUGGUGACUGGCUGCAAAUGUAUGCCUUUGAUGUCAUCGGGGAGUUAUAUUUUGGUAAAAUGUUUGGCUUUAUGGAACAGCGUACCGACUACGAGUCAUAUAUUGCAUCGCUUGAUAUGCUUGUACCUCUCAUUACGCUGGCCGCGGUUGCCCCUUCUUACACACGGCCAUUAAUUUUGGUCUCAUCCAUUAUCAGCCCCGCAAUCCGAAAAGCUAUGAAAGCUAUAGAUCAUAUUGCUACGGCAGCAAGAAGCUGUGUCGCCACACGCUCCAUGCAACUCGCCGCCGGGGAGAGUGUUCGCAGAGAUCUUCUAUCACAACUCUUUGACAUAUCGCAUACUAAGGGAGAGAAGGUUGAUUUCGGAUUAGGCGAGAUCACUUAUGAGGCUUAUGUGGGCUUAUUUGCCGGUUCAGAUACCACAGCAAUCGCUAUGAGAUCCAUUCUUUAUCAUCUUUUGAAGAACGAGAGCGUGUACGAUGACCUCAUGGCAGAAAUUGACGCCGCCGAUGCCCGCGGUGAGUUGAGCACUCCUGUAAAAUUCGCUGAAGCCAACAAACUUCCGCUGCUUUGUGCAUGCAUAAAGGAAGGCAUGAGGCUCCAUCCAAGUGUCGGACUCACUAUGCCUCGCAUAGCUCCGCUGGGGGGACUUGAAAUUUGUGAUGUUGUCAUUCCCGAAGGUUACAGAAUUGGCAUGAAUGCGGCUGUGGUACAGUAUGACAAAUCCAUUUUUGGCGCCGAUGCAAAUGAAUUUCGGCCCUCACGAUGGCUUCAUGGGGAUGCAGCCAAGAUGGAUAAAUAUAUGCUGCACUUCGGAGCUGGGACGAGAACUUGCAUAGGGAAAAAUAUCUCCCUAAGUGAAAUCCAUAAACUUCUCCCCCAUGUUCUACGCAGCUUCAAAUUGAAGUUAGCCACGGACAAGCCAUGGAAAACGUCUGAUCUAUGGUUUAACAAACAAACUGGUAUCUUGGUGAACUUGAAACGGAGAGCCCUGUCUUCGAAAUGA